CGCGCGUGAUGGAUCGAAGGCGGGACCGCAGCGACAGUAAUCCUCGACACCGCGACAGAGAUCGAUCCAAGGGCCAGUACUGGUAUGCGCAUGAGUACGAUCCAGCGCUCAUCGGUGCCAUCGACGGGUGCGAGUCGAAUGUUCCGCAUGACAAGGCCCUGAUCCGCGCAGAGCAGGCCAAGUUUGACCCGUCCAAGGAUCCGCAGAUUGUGGGAAAUCCAUAUGCGACGCUGUUUGUGGCGCGGCUGAGCUUCACCACGACGGAGGAGACGUUGCAAUCCGUAUUUGGCGCGUACGGACCCAUCGAACGCCUACGCCUUGUCCGGCAUGCGGUGACACAGGAGAGCCGUGGGUAUGCGUUCAUCGAGUUUGUCCACGAGCGGGACUUUGAAGCUGCGUACGUCGCCACGAAUAGGUACAUGCUUAAUGGCUUUAUUAUACUCGUGUCAUAUGUAUACAGGUUGACAAUCGAUGGCCGCACGAUCCUCGUCGAAUAUGAGCGCGCGCGCGUCAUGAAGGGGUGGAAGCCCCGGCGUUUGGGUGGGGGAUUAGGUGGUCGAAAGGAGUCGGGACAGCUCCGCUUUGGCGGCCGUGAUCGGCCAUUCCGUGUGCCUGUGGGGGCCAAACGACCCCAUCCAACCACCUCCCGACGUAGCCGGAGUAGUAGCAGACCCUCGCAACGACAUCGUCGGUAACUACGCUAUCGCCUUGCCGUUGAUUGUACAAUCAAUAUGGUGUCAUCGCUUUGUUCCUCCAUCGGUACAACGCCGCGCUUCCCAUCUCCAUGUACUCUUCCUUGGUAACAACUGCUUCUUCUUUGAACGUCCGAGUGUUUGCAAAUGCUUGGCAGCCUCGCCAUACAGCGCCAACGGGGCUACCAGUAACCAUGAGAUCCACCAAGCAACACCACAAACAGAGCUAUCACUAUUGUACAGCAUUAUAUAUUGUCAAGUCGAUUCGAUAUAUCGACCAAUCAAAACC